CCAGAUCUGACGUAUACAGACUCACAGCUGGGCUAACAUUGUAAGCUGUAGUUUCCUUGGAACUUUAAAGUCAUUUCUAAUUUCUCUUCCUCGUUAAGAGAACGUUAAUUCCAGGCUUGCUGCAAGCUGUCCCGGUCUCCCAUUCGCCUGCUUACUAUAACAUCAAAAUGGACAAUGCUACCCAUAAUAAUGGUCACGGGUCCAGUUAUGCACUCCUUCAUAGUGGAUACUCAAAUGCUGUCUUCCGGGAAUGGCAGUCCAGCAGCACGAGUCUCGCUCCUACGAACUUCAUGUACCCGUUAUUCAUCCAUUUUUGUUUACUAGGGACGACCCCGAUGGCCGCGAACCUAUCCCGUCAAUGAAAGGGCAGUAUCGCUACGGAGUGCAACAACUGGAGAAUGUCCUCACACCUCUGGUCAAAAAAGGACUCAAGUCCGUCCUUAUAUUCGGAAUUGUGCCGAAAGCAUGGAAGGAUGACCGAGGAUCCGGAGCAGAUGCUCCACCCAGUCCUGUGUUGGUUGCUAUUCGCCUUCUCCGGGAGAAGUUUCCAGAUUUGGUGAUUGCGUGCGAUGUCUGUUUAUGCCCAUACACUGACCAUGGACAUUGUGGCAUCCUGCGACCGAAUGGUAAUCUGGAUGUUGCAGCAAGCAUUGCUCGUCUCGCAGAGAUUGCGUUGGCAUUCGCAUUCGCUGGUGCCCAUGUUGUUGCACCUUCCGAUAUGAUGGACGGUCGUGUUCAGGCUAUCAAACAAAAACUGCGCUCAUCCAGUUAUGGAAACACAGUGGCUGUCUUGAGCUACAGUUCCAAAUUCGCAUCCUGCUUUUAUGGACCGUUUCGAGAUGCCGCACAAUCGUCGCCUUCGUUCGGUGAUCGUCGAGCCUAUCAGCUGCCAAACGGAAGCCGCGGUUUAGCCAUUCGCGCAGCCGAAAGGGACGUGGCCGAAGGUGCAGACAUGUUGAUGGUCAAACCCGCGUUGCCUUAUCUGGAUAUCGUACGGGAUGUGAAGAAUAUGUUUCCCCAUCAUCCCUUAUUCGUUUAUCAGGUGUCCGGAGAAUAUGCAAUGCUUUUAUGCGCUGCCGAAGCGGGAGUUGUAAAUCUGAAAGCGGCAGUCAUGGAAACUUUCAUCAGUAUGCGCCGUGCUGGAGCUGAUGUUAUUAUCACAUAUUUUGUACCGGAAGUCUUGCAGUGGCUGCAAACCGAACAAUAGCAUUUCCAUUUCAGUAGUGUGACUGGUUCUUGCAGUAAUACUGAUUUUGAACUACGCAGUAUACUUUGUUUGUCCUCACGUGAAUGUGGUGUACAUCUUUUUUCGGACUUUCAACGAGCAGUGAUCGCGCAAAAUUCUUUUGCUUACCCAUAGAGAAAAAAUUUUUUGUCAUUCAAUAGUUUUCAGAAGAGUAAAACAUCAUUUUUUGAAUUUUUUAGAAGUGGAGGUAUAAACACCCAAAAAAUGACCACUACCCUCCUCUUAAGCUACGCUCUGCCCCUAACUAAAUUGUCAGAAGAUU